AUGGCAGCGUGGACGUUAUCGAGAAACGGUAUUCCGAGGUGUGUCGCUUUACGUUCCACACUCAAGCGAGGAGCCAACACAACACAGUUCGUCACGCUCCAUGCUAAACUGGGCAUCAAGGACUUCGAUCUUCCACCAAAGCGCAUCCUAGUCACGACCUUUCUGCCUUCUGCGUGGAUUGACGACACCCUUAUUGCUGAACGCAAAUCUGGCUUGCAAGAAUACCUCGUUCAGCUCCUACAGGUCCCGCAAUACCGACAUGAUGACAUUGUCCAAGAGUUCAUCGCACCCACGGUCACCAAUGUGCCUUUGCAGGAGUUCGAGCUGGAAGACGCGGUUCCAUCGACCUUGUCUCGAAAGGCAGCCGAGAAUUUGAUUGAGGCGGUAGCUGCUGCUGCUGUGCAGCCCAUUGCAGCUGCAUAUUAUCCCACGUGGACCAUGGACAGCAAUCCGCCCGAAAGACUCGACUACUCGAAAUUUGACGUUCUUUUCGUUGCCUUCGGGGCCCCUAGCACUUCUGGUGGCGUUGUGCUAGGGUAUGAAACUCAAUCAAUGCUUAGGCGACUGGUCCCAAGUGCAAGGAAGAGCGGAAAAGGCACGAAGAUUGUACUGUCGAUUGGUGGAUGGACAGACAGUGGGCCAUUCCAUCAGAUGGCAGCAAGCUCUUCAAGUCGAUCCAAGUUCGUCUCUGGCGUGUCUAAGGUGGUUUCUGAGUACGGCCUGGAUGGAGUCGACAUUGACUGGGAGUAUCCCAACUCUCCUGGCAAUGGAAACCCCUUCGGACCGGCAGAUGCCGCGAAUUUCUUGCUUCUUCUGAAGGCGCUGCGCGCUUCAUUAGGCUGGUCCAAGAUUAUAUCAACAGCGGUCACCGAUCUGCCUUGGCUGGGAUCCAACGGCGCGCCGCUCAGAGAUGUGUCUGAAUACGCGGCUCAACUCACCUAUGUCAACAUCAUGAAUUAUGAUAUUAAUGGUGGAUGGAGUGCAUCUCCUGGGCCUAAUGCACCGCUGGGCGACGCGUGUGGGCGAUCUUCGCAGCCACAGUAUACUGCUAAGGCCGCUUUCAAUCAAUGGACGGCCGCUAAAUGCCCCGCAUCGAAGCUCCUCCUCGGCCUUCCGCUUUACGGCUAUGUUUUCAGAUCAACCAAGACGACUCUCUCCAGCUUUGUCGAGCUUGAUGUGGAAGAUCCUCCGACUGAAAUCCCGCCUGGAAUUGAACCUACCCAAGAUAGCGCCCCAGUUGGGCCGAUUCGUGGUGGGAAUCGCCGAAUCAUCGUUCCUGAUGACCCCGAAACCGAGCCAGAGGUGCCUGACGAAACCCCGCUGACAGAAACUCCGCACCCCCUUGACCCGGAAGUCGAGCCUACCACAGGCGAAACCGACGCGCAAGCUGUUGCGAACCUGAGCAAGUGGUGGGGACAAGCCAUCCCGUUCAACAGUCUUCUUGCAUCUGGCGCUCUGAUCAAGAAACAGGACGGAAGUUACGGAGCGGGUUCAGGAUAUACGCUCAGUCAAGACCAAUGCUCGACGACCCCGUUCCUAUAUAACACCGCCAGGGCUACCGUCGUCUCGUUCGAUGAUACUCACUCUCUUGCGGACAAAGCGGCGUUUGUCAAAUCUAAGGGGAUGGGAGGCGUCUUCACUUGGUCUUUAGAUCAGGACGACGGAGUUACCUUGCAGAAUGCAAUCCGCAAGGCCUUGGGAAAGAAGUGA